AUGGACCCCGAGGUCGAGAUCAGGACGAUCGAGCUCGCUUUCGGCUGGCCCCUGCUUCUGCUGGCCAUGAGAAUAUGUGGUGCAGGACCUAUCCACUCGGCCGCCGUCGAGGGCCCGCGACCCCGUAACCCCGUUAACCCCGCGAUGGACAGGCGGGCGCUGGAAGCGAUAGGGACGGGGUGGCAUCGGAGUUAG